GAACGUUGCUACAGAGCGGACGUGUUGUAAUUUCACUCAAAAAGUUCACUUGCCGAAUAAUCACUGUUUAUUUUGAAUUUUUUCGAAAAAAAAUAUAUUAUAUUCUGAACGAAUACGAUUGGCUAUUGAAUUCUGUGUAGCACCAGUGACAUACAAAAAUAAAUAAAAUUUUACCUAAUUAAAAUAAGUAAAUUGAUAGUUAUUGAGUUAGUAUUUUGUAGAUAUAUUUUAAGUGUGUGUUUUUGUAGUGUCAGUGCGAAUUUUAGCAACAUGUCUCUUUCGUCGACCAAAAAGAUGACCGGCGAUUGCGUCGAGAUGAGGGAACUGGCGGCAAGAAUUUGCAGGGAUUACCUGAACGGUGCAUGGAAAAUGGUCACGUCGCAGAACAUCGGCUUCAAACAUAUCAGCGGCGGCUUGUCCAACCUGCUGUUCCACAUCUCCCUGCCGGCGGACAUGAUCCACGACGAGAAAAACAAGAAGGAACCGAACGAGGUACUGAUCCGCGUCUACGGCCAGACGCACGGCGAACGCGCCCUCGAGGCCCUGAUCACCGACAGCGUGAUCUUCACCCUAUUAUCUGAGAGGGGCCUGGGGCCUAAGUUGCACGGCAUCUUCCCCGGCGGCAGGAUCGAACAGUACAUCAACGCUAGGCCGUUGCUAACACGCGAACUGGCCGACCAAAAAUUGUCUAUGAGCAUUGCACAAAACAUGGCCACGAUCCAUUCCAUGGAGGUGCCGCUGCACAAAGAGCCCAGAUGGCUCUGGGACACGAUCAAUCGUUGGCUGCAGAUAUGCGAGGCCAAAAUGCCCGACGGUCUGCCCGAUUACGUGCAGGACCUCCUCCAGGACGUGGACAUGAAGGAGGAGGCCGUCUGGCUUAAGAGGCGCCUCGAGAAGGAGAACAGUCCGGUGGUGUUCUGCCACAACGACAUGCAGGAGGGCAACAUCUUGAUGAGUCGCGACUCCGAACAGCAGAACAACAACGAGGAAAGCAACAUCUACAUCAUCGACUUCGAAUACUGCUCGUACAACUACCGUUCCUUCGACAUUGCCAACCACUUCGUGGAAUGGACGUACGACUACACGGAGAAGGACCCCCCGUAUUACAGAGAGGACAAAAGUAACUACCCGACCGAAUUGCAGCGCAUGAGGUUCGUCAAGGCGUACCUCAAUGAGCUGGGUUCGCGAGAGAACCCAAAGAAGGUGCUCAAGGAGGUCGAGGUCUUCACCAUGGCGUCACACUUCUUCUGGUCGUUGUGGGCGUUCAUCAACGUGGACACUUCGCAGAUCCCAUUCGGAUACAGCGAGUACGGUUACUCGAGACUCAGUAACUAUCUCCAGUUGAAGAAGAAGCUGAACAACGCCCAGCUGAAAAGGAAAAUGGACACGUUGGAGUAAAUCGAAUUUGGUUAUCAGGAAUAAUUUCGACUGAUUGGUUAACCUAAGGAUUAUGAAAACAUGACUGUGACUAAAGAAAGUGAUGCCAUCACCUCAUGUGAUAUGUAAUAUAUUAUUUGCUUUAAGUAUCCAAAGUGUAAUUGUUAGGUCUCAAACUAUAAACUAAUCUCACUUUCAAAACGCAAGAACCAAAAACAGUAUUUGAUUACUUCAAGUUAGACAUUCCACACGCAAAGUUUUCCAGUGUUUCUAGCAACAAUCCCGAAUAUUAACAGUAUAGUUUGAUGAUGAAGAAAUGGGCACUUAUCAACAUAUAUCUCGCACCAAAUCUUGAGACUUGUAUGUUUAUUUAUUCGUCUUUUAUAUAUAAAUAUAUAAAUGUACUUAAAUUUGAAGACUGAGAUUCUGUUUGUCUGAAAUUUAAAUGCAUUUACUUAAACUUGUUUUUAGUUAUGUAUGUAUAUAGUAAUUUUUAAGUCUAUUGUACAUAUUUAUUAUUUUAUAAUAUAAUAAAGUAUGGGGUACUUCA